CUUGUUAGAUAAAUAUCGAUCGUCAAUAUCAUAUGAUUCUAAGUAUAUGUGCAGUUUGCUUAUUGCAUAGCAACACAACAGCAAAUGUAAUUUGCCCACACAACAAAUUGGCCUUUCGCCUUCAUUUAUUUAUUUUUUUUUUUUGGGGAAACUUUGCUCCGGUACAAAAUUGAGAAAAUUAAAGGGUUAAAUUGAAAUAUUUCUGUUUUUAUUUCUUUAAAUUUUUUUCCUGAGUAUAUUUUGAUAGUUUUAUGCAUUUUUGUUGCAUGUUCACUUAUCAUAGACAUUUUUCUCCAUAAACAACUUAUAAUUGAUAUUGAUAGAAAAUAAUUGGUAUUUGAAGUCAUGUUCAGUGGGUUUUUUUUUUUUUUGAAGAAAAGAAAAGAAUUCUAGAAUUGUUGGUGUAAGAGGCUUGUUUAUGUUGUAUAAGUAAAGAUAGACUUUGGGAAUGCACAGGGUAGGUGAGCUAAGAUUGAAGAGUGUAGAGUGAGAACGGGUGCUAGAGUGGCAAUUUCUUAAAAAUAUGUGGUUCUGAGCGCCUUCAAAGCUAUGUACUAUGUACAUGUUUAUUUACAUACUAAAACAAUAAUUCAGACACGAUUGAAACAAAUACCAUAAACAGCUUAGUGGUUCUUUGAGGUGGUGGUCAGCCACUGGUAAUUGGUAUUUGGUUCAAUCCUCUCCAACAAAACAACAAUUUUCAGCUACAUGUGCACGCUGUAAGUCCCAUGCUUCUAAGUUAGAGUAUUCAACUUGACUCUGAAAAGCACAAAGAAAAACUCAUUUACUGCCUAUUCUUGGUUAGCUUGCUCACAUUCAAGAGUCUGACCUAGUUGAAUUGCAUUGUGCCUCAAUUUUUGCUUCUGAUGCUAUAAUCCAGAAAUUAGAGAGGUCAGAGGAGUUUGCCCCUCUAUCCAUGGAUUGAGUAUCCUAGUAGGUGAUUUGAGUCAACGACUUCAACUCUAAACUAAAAAUCAGUUGGUGGAUUCUUAGUGUAAAUCCUUCCACCCACCCCCCCUCUCAAUCCAAAUAAAUAAAUAAAUAAUAAAAUCACAAUUAGACUCAUAGACUGUUAUUUAAACAUAGUCCCUACAAAUGUCCCAUAUCACCUUUGUAAAUUUAGUCUUCAAGUUUUGUCUUGUUGUCAUGCUUGUUCUAAUGUUAAUACAUAUACUUGAUUUUGUAUAAUGUGCCUCAAAAAGAAGAAACAAAUUGGACAAAUUUCUAGAGUAGAACUUCUGAUUUAGCAUAUUAUGCUUGCAUUACAUAUUCUUUCUUAUACCUUAUAUUAUAUAUUUGGAGAGUGGAAACUGAAAGCCAAUUUGGUGCUACAUUUUUUGCUUCUUAAUGCGCCUCUCUCUCUCUAGAUUUAGAUGUUACUAACAUGAAGAUCUAAUUCACAAAUCUCAAGGAAUGUAUGCAAACUUUUAUUUUGAAAGUUUGAUCGUUCAUUCAAGUUAUGAUUUGUGUUUGUUUGUCAUGAAUAAUGUUGAUGUUACUUUGAUUGCUUUGGUAUUCUAACACUCAAUUUUGGGGAUGUGUUUAAAGGAAAGUUUCAUUUCUUUGGCGUCCUUUUAGUUUCUUGAAAUUUGAAAACAAUUUGAUGCGCUUAAUCAUGAAAAGUACUUUUGGAUGAAUCAGAAGAUCAAGAGAAAUAAUUAUGGAGGCAUCAAGAGCUGUAGAGUGGUGUAAGGUGUGAAAUAAAUACUACUUUAUUUGAAAUUCGGAAGCUUCAAGGGCUGUUGGGUGUGAAAUUUACGUAGGACUUGUUUUGCUUACUAAAAUGUACUACUGGAUUAAUUACAUGAUGGAGAGGAAGAAAUAAGUUACUUUUUUAGCACAGGCUGGAAUGUCUCUUUUGCCUAAGCAAUACAACAGUUGACUGGCAUGUUCAUUUUCAUUAUAUAUAACGUCGGCUUUGUAGAGGUCCCACUAUUUACCCUAUGUUUUUCUUUUAUAUACGGCAGAAAGCUACAGAGAUCUUUGAUCUACGUAGUUCUUAAGUGUUUAACUUCAUUUAAUAUAUUUUCAUCGCCCUUUCUCAAGUUUGCCUUCUUUUAUUAGACUUAAAGAAAACUAUGAGACCGAAACUGAGACUCUAAUUUGAGUUGUGCUAGGCCGUCAUCUAGACCUAGAGGGGGAUUAAUAGGUCCUACUAGAAUAUUAUGGUAUUUUAACUAAUUUCUUAAAUCGAAGUAUGAAACUGAAAUUGAAAACUAUAACUAACACAAAUAUUAUCAAUCAUCAUGGUGUUUGUCAUGUAUGCAAUAAAACGGUAAAUAAAGAUAUUAUAUACCACAUUUUACAUGGAAAGCCCAAAUGGGAAAAGUCAUGGGACACAGUCAGGCAGAAAGAGGUUACAGACCGAGUUACCAGAAUCUAAUACCAAGAAUCACCAGUCACUCUUGAUUCAGACUUACACAAGACCAAUACCAGAUAUUCCAGCAGCUGAUUCGUCCACAGAGUUCUUUCCUCACGAACUCUACUUCUUAACUGGAUUUUCUAUCUCCUUUCCACUAACGUCCUACAGUGUGCAUAAAUUUAUUGUUGAACUCCUUUAACCAUGAGAACUGAAUCUUCAACAACCUAUGGACCCACUCGCGUAUGAUGAUGGAUGCAAAACAACCUAUAGGCAUUUGAGCAGCAGUAGUAAUAUAUGGCUUCCUUCCGAGCAUUCUUGAACAGUCCAGUUGGCCCCAAAACAACUCACUUUUGGGGUCCCGUAGCCAACUGGGGAUUCGUUGCUGCGGGAUUGGUGGAUAUGCAGAAACCCCCAGAAAUGAUAUCUGGCAACAUGACUGCAGCAAUGUGCGUAUAUUCGGCCUUGUUCAUGAGAUUUGCAUGGAUGGUGCAGCCUCGCAACUAUUUACUUUUAGCUUGCCAUGUCUCAAAUGAGUCAGUGCAGCUCUAUCAACUCUCCCGUUGGGCAAAGGGUCAGGGGUACUUGCAACAGAAGAAAGAAGAAGGUGCAUCUCAGUAACUCGGUGUUGCUUCUCUUCUACCCUGGUUUCGGUAUUUUUGUGGUGGUUGCUAACUUGCUACAGAUUCUGUAGGAACUCUUAAAACAGUUUGUAUCUGAUUUAAGUUCUGAGUGCUUGCAUAACUUAGCACAUCAAUUUUAAGUAUCAUUUUGUUGUUUGUAUUGCA